UGAAGUGGAUUUAUGACUAUAAUAUGUUCAGGAACUUUAUUUGCAAGGGAAUUUAAUUGGAGAUGAAGGAGUUCACGAUCUCAUGUCUGGGUUAUCUUCACAUAAAGGAAAACUUACAGCUUUGGACCUUGGCAACAAUUCAAUUAGUGCAAGAGGAGCAUUUUACGUUGCUGAAUAUAUCAAGAAAAGCAAGAGUUUGGUGUGGAUCAGUCUUUACAUGAAUGACAUUAAAGAUGAGGGAGCUGAAAAGAUAGCUGGGCCUUUGAAGCAAAAUCGCUCUAUAAUUAAUGUCAAUUUUGGAGGAAACGAUAUUCAUGCUAAAGGGGUCAGUGAAAUAGCACAAGUUCUAAAAGAUAAUUCGGUCAUUGCAGCUUUGGAACUUGGUUAUAAUCCCAUUGGGCCUGAUGGUGCGAAGGCUUUAGCAGAGGUUCUCAAGUUCCAUGGGAAUGUAAAAGAUCUCAAUCUUGGUUGGUGUCAGAUUGGGGCCAGUGGUGUUGAAUAUAUUGCAGAUAUGUUAAAGUACAACAGCACGAUACAAAGCCUAGACCUGCGAGCUAAUGGACUAAGAGAUGAGGGUGCCAUCUGUCUGGCUCGUAGCUUGAAGGUGGUUAAUGAAGCUUUGACCUCACUCAAUCUGGGCUUCAAUGAAAUAAGAGAUGAAAGGGCUUUUGCCAUUGCUCAAGCACUAAAGGCAAAUGAAGAUGUGAGGCUUGUGUCUUUAAAUCUUAUGAACAACUUCCUUACAAAAUUGGGACAGAGUGCUAUUACAGAUGCUAGAGAUCAUGUAUACGAGAUGAAUGAAAAGGAGCUUACUAUUGUUUUCUAGUUUUCUUUGGUUCACAAGAGUAGAUAAUAUUUCAUUUCCCUUUUUUGGUUUAAUAGAUAAGACUGUUUUAAGUUGUUCUUCCAACAAGUGAAUUAAGAAGUUUAUCCAUUCGGUUCCCUUUUCUUAGGUUGUAAUAGAUACUUUUCCUACGGGAAGAGUGGUAAUUUUGGGAUUGGAGGUAUCAUUUUAACUUUUGUGGAUAAUGAUGUAAUUGUGUACUUUUUAGUCUUAUUUUUGGCUGUGUCGUAAAAGUGGAAAGCUUAGGAUUAGGUAAAACCCUUGUUUCACAAGGUUCGGCUAUUGGUUGUAUACUUGAAAAUACACUUUGCUCUUAAGAUAAUUACAUUUUUGAUCAAUUA